AUGGCAUCAAACCUGCCCACCGGCUCGUCCGGACCCCUGCCCGCCAUACAGGAGCUCUCGCCGACGACAUUCCUGUACGACCCGCCCUCGGCGGUGCCGGACCCGAACUCGCCCAAACUCAUCGCCAUCUUCAGCUGGAUGUCGGCCCAGGACGCCCACAUUGCAAAGUACACGUCGCGCUACAUGGCUCUUUACCCCUCGGCCAGAAUCCUCCUCGUCAAGUGCCCCUUCAUCCACACCCUCUCCGCCCGCAUCUCCAAGCGCGAGAUCAAGCCGGCCGUUCCCAUCAUCCGGGCCCUGGCCGACUCCACCCCGCCCUCCGAAGCCCGGCCCCAGCUGCUUCUUCAUGUCUUCUCCAACGGCGGCGCCACCAACUUUGCAAAGUUCCUCGACAUGUACGCCGACGCCGACCGCGCCGGCCGCCUGGCGCUACCCCCGCACGUCACGCUGUACGACUCCUGCCCGGGAGGAUUCCACUGGAUGCGCAGCUACCGCGCCCUCUCGGCGUCGAUGCCGAGGAUCCUCGCGCCGCUGGCGCACGUCUUCAUCGGCUUGUUCUGGCUGCUCCACGUUCCCUUCGGGCGGCGUGGCUUCUUUGGCAAGAUGUGGGCCGCUCUGAGGCAGAAGGCGCUGCUGGUGAGCGAGAAGCGGCGGGCCUACAUGUACAGCAAAGAGGACCGGAUGAUCCACUGGGCCGACGUCGAAAAACACGCCGAGGAGUCCAGGCAGGUCGGCUUCAAGGUCAGGACGGAGAGGUUUGAGGGGAGCCAGCACGUCGCGCACUCAAAGCUGAAUCCGUCGAGGUACUGGGGGUUGGUAAAGGAGGUGUGGGACGAGGACCUGAAGAAGGUCGAUCCACGGCUAAAGGCUGAUGAGUCUGUCUCGGAGCCGUCAAAGACGGCGCCGGAGCCCGAACCGCCUAGGUUUACCCCCGAACCGGCAAAGACCACGGUGGAGCCCGAACCGCCUAGGUUUACCCCCGAACCGGCAAAGACCACGGUGGAAUCCGAACCGCCAAACUUCACUCCCAAACAGCCAAAGAGUACGGUGGAACCUAGAGCGCCAGAGGCGGCACCGGCACCGGCGCCGGCACUUGCGCCGACAAUGCCCGCUCCGGUGCCUGUCAGGCCUGCGCCGCAACUCGAAGAUACAAAGGCUGCUCCGCCGCCUCCAGAGGUGAAGCCGGCCAAGCCGAAGAAGGCGCCGACGCCGCCCCCGACGAUUCAAUGA